AUGCAUUCUCAACCCAAAGUGGAAUUUCGGGAGACAGACGAGGCGGGCAAUCUCACCGCUACCUUUGUCUAUUCCGAGCAAGGACCCUCUUUAAAACGAGUGGGGCGGGUGGACUCAAUUGGCUCCCCCAAACAGACCUCGUCAUGGUCGACCAAGCCUCUGAUCAGCUCUCUGAAUCAUGUCUUCCUCCCUUCUGGAUAUCCUCAUAGCGUCAGUGAGGAUUAUCUUCCAUACCAAAUCUAUGACUCCCUACAAGCCUUCUGCAGCUCAAUAGCAGGCCUCCUCUCCUCCCGCGCCGUCCUACAAGGUGUCGGCGUCGGCAAUCCCAACGCCUCUCCAACCUCAGCCCUCCUCCUCCACAUCUUACAAGACACAUCAGGCCGAAUCGCCACAAUCCUCUUCGCCCAUCGCGUCGGCACAGCCCUCGAACCAGAAUGCAAAACCUACCGACUAGCCGCAGACGUCUUCAACGACAUCGCCAUGAUCCUCGACUGUCUCUCCCCAGGCGUCCCAGCAGGCGCAAUGCGCGUCUCCGUCCUCAGCACCGCAGGCGUACUACGCGCUCUCUGCGGCGUAGCAGGUGGGAGCUCAAAAGCAAGCCUCAGUGCGCAUUUCGCCAAAUGGGGGAAUCUAGCUGAACUCAAUGCUAAAGAUUCGUCUCAGGAGACUGUUAUCUCGCUCUUCGGAAUGCUGGUCGGCUCCGUCGUCGUAUCCCAAAUAACCGGUUUCGUAACGACUUGGCUAGUCCUCCUCAUCCUGCUGGGACUACAUCUAAGCAUGAACUACGCGGCCGUGCGCGCGGUGCAGAUGACGAGUCUCAAUCGUCAACGGGCGAAUAUCGCUUUUUCAACCCUACUGGCUUCAGACUAUGAAAAGCCCGGUCAAUGGACGAUUCUCACGCCCGCGCAGGUCGCGAGACAAGAGCGUAUAUUCCACCGAGACGGUGCUUUGCAGUGGAAUUCGAAUUCCGGGUCUACUUCUACUUCUACUUCUACGGUUAUCAAUUUGGGAUCGGCGAGGGUGGGUGUUGCCAUGGCUGAGUUUUUGGAAGAUAGGCCUCCGCUGGAUCGACUUAUGACGAUUUUCGAGGACGAGGCUUACAUGCUGUAUAUCUCGAAGAAGAGACAUGUUUCCAUUGUGCUUCGGAAGGGCUGCUCUGUUCCAGACCAAUUGAAGGCAUGGACGCAUGGCCUUUUGGCUGUGAGGUUGUGGGACGGAUCUUCUGAUUCUGAUUCCGAUGUGAGUGGGGCAAUUGAGGAAUCUCUUGCAUUUUUGAAUACCGAGGAUCGAUUUAUGAGAUAUCUCUCUGAGCUGCGUGGUGUAGGGUGGAAUGUUGAGAUUGCAGCGCUGGAGACGAGGGGAGGGAGACGAUUCGAGAUUUGA